AUGCAUACAAGCGGCUCGUGCCGUUGCGGGUCGUCCCCUGACUCAGGCAUGCCUUUCGUGCGCCCUCUGCCGCUGCCACUACUGCUGUCCGGGCCGCUGCUACGGGCGUUGAUCGUCGUCUUGAUGCCGCUGUCGGCUCGAACGCAAGCGGCUGCCCACCAGACACACGUCUUGAACGCAGUUCAAGCGAUGUCAAUCGUUGAUGAGCACAAUCGACUCCGGUCCAUGGAACAGGCGACGAAUAUGCAGGAAUUAGUGAGUAAAAAUUGUUAA